ACCAACCCAACGUCGUACCUCCUCGAAGCGACCUCUCUCUUUUUUUUCUCCGUUCAUCUCGACUUCGGUCGCUUCGCAGCUUUUCCGGCGAUCCGGUCCGAGCGAUUUCCCGCGGUUCCGCCAUGGCCGGCAGAGGCAAGACCCUGGGCUCGGGGGCGGCGAAGAAGGCGCAGUCCCGCAGCAGCAAGGCCGGGCUGCAGUUCCCCGUGGGCCGUAUCGCCCGGUUCCUCAAGGCCGGCAAGUACGCCGAGCGCGUCGGCGCCGGCGCCCCGGUCUACCUCGCCGCCGUCCUCGAGUACCUCGCCGCUGAGGUCCUGGAAUUGGCUGGGAAUGCGGCGAGGGACAACAAGAAGACCCGAAUCGUGCCGCGCCACAUUCAGCUCGCGGUGAGGAACGACGAGGAGCUGAGCAAGCUGCUCGGGGACGUGACCAUCGCCAACGGAGGCGUCAUGCCCAACAUCCACAACCUCCUCUUGCCGAAGAAGACCGGGACCUCGAAGUCUUCCGCCCCCGACGACGAAUGAUCGGAAUUCGGAAGCUUUGGAAGAUGAUGAUGGUCUGACGGGAAAGGGGGGUUUCCUUAGGUUUCUUCCUUCAUUUCGAUUUAGUUUGUUGUAGGCUUUAGGCUUUUGUCAGUGACUGAGUUCGUCUGGUAGAAUUGGUGUUGGGUUAGAUUAGGGCGUUGGUGUUUCAAAGUGGGGGGGUUCUUUUUUGUUUUUUUACAGGUUGUGAAUAUUUGUUCAUCUUCUAGUUUCUUAAUACAAGAAAUUCUGGAGAUUUUUCAGA